AUGGACGUGGUCAUCCACCAACACCAACAUGCUGGAAAUCAAGAAUUUUCAAAAUCGCUCGAGGCUUCAGAAGCAACAGAUUUUAAAGGAACAAAACCCAUGAUGACAAUAUUUCUUGAUUCCAUUGGGGCCCAUGAACUUUUCACAUCAGAGGUCAGCCUGAUUCGUCAAAUAUCUAAUGUUAGAUUGAUGUUACGUACUUCUUUAAAUACUAUACUUUAUGAACUUAUUGUUCUAGCAAAAAUAGGACCAUUGAUUUGUGCCUUGUAUUGUGUAUCUUCAUUUUUUGUUUUUUCUCAGAUGUGGAGGGCAACACUUACUGAGCUAGUAGCAACAGCUUGCCUGUUAUUCACGCUAACCAUUUCCAUAAUCUCAUGCUUGGAAUCAACCACUGCGGAGCCCAAGUUUCUAAUUCCAUUUGCAAUCUUCACCAUUGCCUUCUUCUUCCUGUUGACUACGGUCCCUUUAUCUGGGGGUCACAUGAGUCCAGUUUUCACAUUCAUCGCUGCCCUUAAAGGUGUUGUAACUCCUGUCCGUGCCUUAUUCUAUGUGAUGGCACAAUGUGUAGGCUCAAUUGCGGCUUAUUUAGUAGUCAAGAGUGUAAUGGAAAAAAAUGCAGAAGAAAAAUAUUCCUUAGGAGGAUGCAUGAUUGAUGGAAAUGGGGAAGGGAUAAGCCCAGCAAUUGCAUUUAUAUUAGAAUUCUCAUGCACAUUUGUUGUGCUAUUUGUUGGCGUAACAGUGGCAUUUAACAAGAGAAGGUGCAAAGAGCUAGGCUUACCAAUGGUCUGUGGUAUAUUGGCAGGGGCAAUGGCACUUGCCUUUUUUGUGUCCAUUUCUGUAACUGGAAGAGCUGGAUAUGCUGGUGUGGGCUUGAACCCUGCAAGGUGUUUAGGCCCAGCAUUAUUGAAAGGAGGCCGAUUAUGGUAUGGCCAUUGGGUUUUCUGGGUGGGUCCUUUUGUUGCUUGUAUUGUUUAUUAUGGAUUCACUUUGACCUUACCUGGGGAGGUCAUGGUGAGAGGAGAUGAUGCACUUGAUGUCUUACAUGUUAGUUAG